GGAAGUAGAAUAUUGCGAGACGUAAUGGCGACGUCCAAUGACCCACGCUAAACGAAAAUAUUAAGAAUAAUCGGCGAUAAAUAGCGUACAAUUAAGCUAUUUUCUGACCUUGACCUACGAUGGACUUCCAGCAUCGAGCUGGGGGGAAGACGGGGAGUGGGGGUGUGGCCUCCGCCUCCGAGUCCAACAGGGACCGGAGGGAGCGUCUCCGACAGUUGGCCCUGGAAACUAUUGAUCUGAACAAGGAUCCAUAUUUUAUGAAAAACCAUCUCGGAUCCUAUGAGUGUAAGCUUUGUCUCACACUACACAACAAUGAGGGAAGUUACCUGGCCCACACACAGGGAAAGAAACAUCAAGCCAACUUAGCUCGGAGGGCAGCGAAAGAUGCCAAGGAGGCCCCUGCACAGCCUGCCCCAGAGAAGGCCAAAGUUGACAUCAAGAAAUUUGUGAAGAUUGGGCGACCGGGUUACAAAGUGACAAAACAGCGGGACCCCGACAACGGGCAACAGAGCCUGCUGUUUCAGAUUGAUUACCCAGAGAUUGUGGAGAGUAUGAUGCCGCGGUACCGCUUCAUGGCAGCCUAUGAACAGAAGAUGGAACCCCCAGACAGGCGGUGGCAGUACCUGCUGUUUGCCGCAGAGCCGUACGAAACCAUUGCCUUCAAGGUGCCCAGCAGAGAAGUGGACAAGGACCCCAAGAAACUGUGGACUCACUGGAACAAGGAUACAAAACAGUAUUUUCUCCAGUUUGCAUUCAAGGCCGACCCCAAAGGCAACAUGCCACCCAUGCAGCCUCCUGUUCCUAUGGGUCCUCCUCGGAUGCCUGGCCCCCCACGGAUGCCCCCUCCCCCCAUUCCCCCACCUAUGGGGAUGCCACCUCGACCACCUCCACCGUCAGGCCCUCCCCCUGGCCAACCACCUAAUCAGGGUCCACCCCCAGUACCUCCCCCGUCCAACAUGAUGCCGCUUGGUCCACCCCCUUCUGCACCGCCACCACCCCCCAUGAUGCCCCCAGGCCCCCCUCCUUCAUCUGCUCCACCCCCCUUGGCUCCCCCCUUGGCUCCCCCUGCACCUCCUGCCCCACCUCCACCUCCUCCCCCAAACCCACCAUCUUAAUUAGGGUAUGGUUAGUUUUAAUGUCAAUGAUGGGAAAGGGUAUUUUUCUCAUCUUACGUAUGUGUAUCGCAAUCACUCCUCAAAUUUCAAAGCCUGAAAGUGAGAUUUUUCCGGGAUAAUAAGGGACCUAAGUGAAUAUUUGAUCAUAAUUUUGAAUUCAUUCAUUCAUUGUUAUCACGUAUUCAAAAAAAUACUUUGUACAAAAUAAAAUCAUUCAACAUUA